UUUUUCCCGUCAGCCAGUGAGAGCGUGACGACCAUGACGUCAAGCAAACACGCGAGAACUCAUUUCCGCCACCAAUCCAACAUGGCGCCGUAGAGAUGUUAUUGUCCUAGCAUUCGUGCAAUCUUGGUUAUAUCGCCCACGAAUAAGCGGAAACGGCCUGACAACAUUGGCGGAGGCAUGAGAGGAAUUUCCGGGGAUCAUGCUGAGAUCAACCGGCUUUUUCCGAGGGCUUGACUGUCCGUUUUACACAGAAGACACUGAGGGCAAAGGCAGCGGCAAUGGGUGCAACAGACCCUACUGUCACUUCAGGCACAGCCAGCAGAGACGGCAGACCUACGCGGGGGCUACUGUCGAAACAAAAAAGCUCGACGCCGCCCAAAAAGGCGAUUUUCAAUGCGAACAAGGUUAUGACCCUUUCAAACCUGAAGUUGUGAGGCCUCAAGAGCAUCAGAAUGGAACUUCGCCUCGUUCGGGAGACCUCACCGGUGCUCUGGAGAUGGUCAACAAGGCCAUCGAGGAGGUCCGCAAUGAAGUGGAGAGGGAGAAGAAGAAGCUCUUUCGAAUUGGGGACGAAUCAUAUAAUCCCAGUAGAAGAGCAAUUGCGUCCUCCUCUGAUGGUGUUAAAGGUCAAGCAGCAGCUACACACUUGCCGUACGAUCCUGGCAGUUAUCAGAUGACAUCAGGAGGAUAUAACCCCACCCCUGGUUGCAGCAAGUACACUCUGGAUUCGGACAGUCGGGGAAGCAAUAGCAACUGUAUGGAGUAUGUUCCCACUUUGCUAAAAAAGAAUCCAUCGCGGACAAAUGCACACAGAGUCACCUCUCUGCCCCCAAGUCCUAAGUACUCAACCAGGACAUCUUCCUCCUCUUGUAAAUACACUCUAGAUACUUCAAGGCCAUCUACAGACAUGGAAUAUGACCCACUUUCCAACUACUCUGCAGGGAUCGCAGUAAAGCGCAAGAGAAAUGGCAGCGCGUGCAAUAUUACUGUGGAGGGUAAAAAGACAUAUAGACACCCCGCAUCAGAUGAUGUCGUGCCGCAUGUGAGAGAAACCCCGCGACAGAGCGUCGACACAAACAAGUACACUUUUUCUGAAUCUGAUGGCGAGAGUUCUGGAACCGAGUACAAACCCCUUUCGCUCAGUAGUCUUCAGCAGAGAAAAGCCAACAGCAUGACAAAAGUUGGAGACAGUAUGGCGAAGGAGAGGAAAGAGGGGGCUAAGGGUACCCUCCAAUCAUUGGCGCAUAGGAAUAAGGAGCACUUGGAGACAGGGGAACGUUCGGAGCAGAAGAUGGGCCCAGAGAAAAAGAAGUUAAAAAUUGAGAAGUCGGAGAAAGCUAAAGUAGGCCACACAUCUCUUAUCAAAAAAAGUAGCAAGGAUAAGGGCAAAGAGUCACUAAAUAAGUCUCAGCAAAAAGACCCGACAAAAAAGGAAAACAAGAGUCAUGGGAAGAACUAUGAUAGCCGAAAGGACACUGUUAAAGUUCAGACUGCUGAUAAAGUUCAUAAAGAACACAAAAAAAGUGACGGGAAUAUGAAUCCAAAAACAAAUUCCAGCAAACGAGGUAAGGACACCGAGAACCGUGCAAGGGAAAGCAGCAAGUGCAAGGUUUCAGACAAGGAGCGAAGCAAGCAGAAGGAGACGAAACAUAAAAAUGGUCAAUUAGACGAUAGUAAAAGAGACAAGGAUGGAAAGAAACUUAGCAAAAGCAGCUCCUCUAGCGCCAGCGCAAAGAGCAAAGCCGCUUCCGAACUCAGCAAAGGUAAAAUGAAGCGCAGUGAAAAGGUGAGAAGCCUGGAGCAGAAAGAAAGAACUCUGAGUCACGCCGAACUUUUUGGGGAUGAGAGCGCGGAGGAGGCAGAACCGAUCGUGGUGGAUGAUAGCGAUGACGAUCCGGAAGAAGUACUCAUGAGGAAAUCUGCGGACGCUUUGAAGAGGGGACAACUAAAUAAGAGGAAAGCCUCGGAGGUGACUCCGUCUUCCUCUGAGUAUGAAGAUGACAGAGUCGCGGAAGGGAGCGGGACGAAUAAAGACGCUGCGAUAGACUUGUCACUUUUUCAGGUUGAUUUGGACUUUGACUCAGAUCCCUUGGAGGAGUGUUUCAGGAUCUUCAAUGAAUCUAAGGAUGUCAAGAAGGAAGACAAGGGAAGGCAAGCUAAGCAGCCAUCCAGAGAUUUAGAGGAGGACACCACUGAGAGCACUUUAACCACUCUCUUCCCUGGUCAGAAGAAGAGAGUCUCACACUUUGCUGCCAAAGGAAGUACCGACGCACCUUCCAAGAAUGUGGUCCGGCCGUACCGGAGACUCACGGCUCAGGAGGUUUGCUAUCAGCGCAUGCAGAUGGCGCAGCAGCAAGCUGCUCACCUUUCUGCCUCAGUCAAACCACCCUCAGAGAGCACACCCAGCCCCAGGUCUUCAGGAGAGAAGAAGCGGAUCGCACACCGUCCCAACCCAUUGACAGUAUCCUCAAAGACAAGUUGUUCAGAUGCUGCGCCAGCUGGUAGCCUGCCUCUUAAGACCCAAACCACAGCCGGUAUCUUGUCAAAGACCACAUCCACCGUUGCACAAAAACGAGUGGCUCACACACCCACUAUGAAGAGUUCUUCAAUGAAGCGUCCCAUCAUCCCCAUGGAGUUUGGGGCCAAAAUCCCGACCAUGAUUCGCCAGCGCUACCUCAACAUUUUCAUAGACGAGUGCAUCAAAUUCUGCCCAUCAGAGGAUAUGGCCUUCCAGAUGGGCCUUGAUAAGGAAAAGACGGUAUAUGAGCGCAGUAACAGCAAGAAAAUCUAUGUCAAUGUGGCUGUGAACAUGCUGAACAAGCUCCGUAACAACAGCACCCCCUGCUCCUCGCCUGCCAUCAAGGAGGCAGGUUUACCUGCUUACCGGAAAGCACAGUCUCACCAGGAAGUUCUGGGUGGCCGUCUUGCAGCUACGACCAGUUUCACUGUCAAUAGGAUGGGUAAACAGCAAGAAGAGAAGCUCAAUGGAGCUGCACUUUACAGGAAGCUGAAGGCAUAUCUAAUGACAGAGGAGCAGCUGCAGGAACACGGAUACCCUCGAAUAAACCCCAAUGCUGUUGGGAAGGCUGUUCUCUGCAACCUCCCAGAGAAGAAGGUCAUCAUGGACCCAUUCACCAAGAUAUGCUGCAGAUGCGGUGCUGAGUAUAAAGUCAAUGCCAUGGGUAACUGUCUUCGCAAAGAGGAAUGCGCUUUCCACUGGGGACGUUUGCGCAGGCAGAAGGUGGCUGGAGGCUGGGAGACCAUGUACAGCUGCUGCGCCGCGGCCGUGGGCUCUCCAGGCUGCCAAACGGCCCAGCAACAUGUUCAAGAUGGGCGUAAGGAGUCAUCAGAUGGCUAUGUAACGACGUUCAGCAAAGAGCUCCCGGUAGAUGGCAACGGAGGAGUGUUUGCCUUGGAUUGUGAGAUGUGUUACACGAAGCAAGGCCUGGAGCUGACAAGAGUAACGGUCAUAAACUCAGACUUAAAAGUCAUCUACGACACGUUUGUCAAACCUGAGAGCAAAGUGGUUGACUUCAACACACGAUUUUCUGGCGUGACAGCAGAGGACUUGGAUGGUGCCACCAUCACCUUGAGAGAUGUUCAGGCUGUGCUGCUCAGUCUGUUCAGUGCUGAGUCCAUCCUGGUGGGACACAGCCUGGAGAGUGACCUCCUGGCUCUCAAACUCAUUCACAGUUCAGUGGUAGACACAGCCAUCGUGUUUCCUCACCGACUUGGUUUACCCUACAAACGUGCCUUGAGGAAUCUGAUGGCCGACUACCUCAAACGCAUCAUCCAGGACGGCGUUGAUGGCCACGACUCGAGUGAAGAUGCCACCGCCUGCAUGGAACUGAUGAUAUGGAAGCUGAAGGAGGAUGCAAAAGUCAAAAGAUGACCUCACGCCACCCCUUCAGGCCGAAGAUCACGCCGAGGAAGGGCAUUUGGAGAUGUUAAGGCAGUUCAGCCCAGUUUUGAGCACAAACAGGCCAGAAGAACCUCUUGUUGUGGCUUCUCGCCACUAAUGGAGAUCAGCAAUAGGAGCCCCCAUUAUCAGUGUUACUUAUAUUUAUAAUUCAGUCCUCAUUUGUGUGUGAGUCAAAGUGCAUUUGUUUGUCGGUUUCUUGAAGCCGUUCUGACGCCCACGGCCUCAAACAAUUGGAGAAUAAAAGACUUGUGUUGCCUACAG